CUGGCUUUUAUUCCUUUUAUGAAGAUGUUGGUCUACAAAAGAUGAAUGAUGUUAAGUUUAAUGUCAGUAAAGUUCCUCUGGAGUCAGAGAGGUUUCACUGAGUGGAAAAGAAGAGGAAUAAUAAUAAUACAGCAGGUCAUCUUAAGCUCCAUCGGGUUGGAUGGGGAGCGUCGGUGAACAGCCACUUUAAGAUCUCUCCAGAGAGGUUAAAUCAGGUUCAAGGUUCGAUCAGGGCUCUGCCUGGGCCACUAAAGGACAUUCAUACUGUAGUUGUCCCGUAGCCACUUUUCCUCAGACUGUUCCACAAAAUUGUUAGCACAUUAAUUUAAAAUCUUUUUUUUUUGUUCUGUAGCAUUAUAAAUUCGAUUCACUGGAAUUAUGAGGUCCAAAUAUGUUCCAGCAUGACAAUGCCUCAAUGCCACAGUCAGCUCCAUGAAGACCUCGGUUGCUAGAGGAAGAAGUGGGUUACUGGAGUGGAAGAACUCGAGUGUCCUGCACAGAGCCCUGAUCUUAACCUGCAGCCCAGACCUCCUCACUGAACAUCAGUACCUGACUUCACUAUUGCUCUUUGGCUGAAUGAUCUUAAAUCCCCACAGCUAUAAUCCAAAAUCUAGUUUGAAGGCUCUGCUGCGGGUGUCGUGUGGAAGUGGAGGUGUAGGUGGCGCACCCGCUUCUCCUGCAGACUGCGAGGUUACAGCAGAGCAGGCGGUGAACGUGUGGACGCAGUAUUUCCAGCAGCAUGGAAUCUCUGAGCCGCUUCUCUCCUCACACUACAUCAUAGCUCAUGUCCUGGGAAAGAAAACUCUGCAAAGUGUGGAGAGGAGAAGGCUCCAAGAAAGACUGACUGACAAAGAGAGAGAGAAAGUGUGGGCGCUUUGUUCCAAGCGUAUGACGAGGAUGCCGGUGCAGUAUGUGAUUGAGGAGUGGGACUUCAGAGAUCUGACGCUGAAGAUGAGACCUCCAGUGUUUAUUCCCCGCCCGGAGACAGAGGAACUGGUUAGUUUGGUGUUAAAGGAUCUGCGGUCACAGUGGGGAAUGAGAACUUUGCGAUGCUUGGAGGUGGGAUGUGGAUCAGGUGCCAUCUCUCUGAGCCUCCUGCAUAGUGUACCACAGCUCAAGGCAGUUGCAUUGGACCAAAGCCAGGAAGCAGUUUGUCUCACUGAGGAAAAUGCAGGCAGACUGGGGCUGCUGGACAGACUGGAAGUUUAUCAUUUAGAUAUUAUGAAGGACGCUGAUUUGACACUGAGAAGCUGCAGUCCUGUCGAUGUAAUUGUUAGCAACCCUCCGUACCUGUUUUCUCAGGAUAUGGAGUUUCUGCAGGAAGAAAUACUCAGGUUCGAAGACCACACAGCGCUGGAUGGAGGUUUGGAUGGGAUGUCAAUAAUCAGACAGAUUCUAACUUUUGCACCGAGACUCUUAACAGAUGAAGGUCGUGUGUAUCUUGAGGUGGAUCCACGCCAUCCUCCACUCAUAAAGUGUCUGCUAGAGGAAAGCAUGCUGGGAUUGCAGUAUUUGGGAUCACACAGUGAUUUCACAAACAGGUUGCGGUUCUGCAUUCUACAGAAGAGCAGAUGAACUAAAAGAGGAACCUGUGGCAUUUAAGAAUGACAGCACAUAGCUUGAGCGAAAGCUGAUAUUGAAGUGAUGGCUCAAACGACGCACGUGAACAACCGUAUUGUGUGCCAUUUUGCCAAAGAUUAUCGCUUACAAGUCACCCCGUAUUGAUGCCUACUGGCCAUCUGCGGCGUUUACGGCAUGAUUUUUAAUCCUGAAAUGGAUUCAACUGGAAAGGAAGACCUGCCAAAAUACCUUCUCACCAGUUUCUCAUUCACACAGUGGUCUUGUAAAUGUUAAAAUAACACACUGUCAACUGUUCAGCAUUUAGUUUUGAAGGUGUUGCCAUGCGCAUAGGAUUAAUCGUUUAAUAAAACAGUCUCAAAUUUG